AUGUCAUCUGAAAAAAAAAAAAGGUUUAAAUCCUCUAUAGAUAACAAAUCCAUUAAAUCCUUUGAAUAUAGUUCUUUUGAGAAUAUAACAAUUAUUUUCAAAAGUGAAACUAACUCCGUAUCUAGUGCUGAUUUUAAAGAUGAAGGUACAACAAAGGCUGUAGCUUUAAAAACAAAUGUUUCUAAUGACGAUGAAAACUCACUUUAUGAAUUUAUUAAAGAAGAAUCACUCGACAAGGUAUUAAAUGCUUACGGAAAUACUUAUUUGUGCGAGUGA